GUUUCUCUUGUUCUUCGUUCUUGUUGUGGUCUCGACGUGGAUGGAUCUAUUUAUAUAUCUACUUCGAUUUUAUUUUGGAACCACACAUAUUCUACUCGCCUCUGAGCAUAUAUAUCUUGCUCAUUGGUACUCUUUGUCUGGCGGGUGAAGCACACGCUUAUAUAGAUAAAUACAACAAGGAAUAUAUACAAGUCGGUGACCAUUAUGUAAUGCGACGGGGGCUGCUCCAGCAUAUAUAAUACCAACAACGACCUCCCGAAGACCGAAGAUCGCCAUGGACUUGUUGGUGUUUCUAACGGCGGCCGCCCAUCUGGUGUACACACCCUUCACCAAGGUGGAGGAGAGCUUCAAUCUGCAGGCCAUGCACGACAUUCUGUACCUGCGCAACAACUUCUCGCAGUACGAUCACCAUGAGUAUCCUGGGGUGGUGCCUCGCACAUUCAUUGGACCUCUGGUGGUGUCCAUGCUUUCCGCGCCGUUUGUGCUGCUCUUCGAGACGCUGAACGUUAAUAAGUUCUGGGCGCAAUAUGUAGUGCGCCUUGUCCUGGCCGGAGCCAUAUCUGUGGCGUGGACUAAUCUGCGGCAAGCCGUGACCAGGAUCUAUGGCGUAGAGGUGCGGCUGUGGUUCACCGCCAUAACAAUUACGCAGUUCCAUUUCAUGUUCUACAUGACACGGCCGUUGCCAAACAUUUUUGCCCUGCCCAUUGUGCUCUAUGCUAUUUCCUAUUGGCUGCGCGACCAACACAAGCCGUUCAUCGUAUGCUCUGGCGUCGCCAUCCUCGUCUUUCGCUCCGAGUUGGCACUAUUUUUGGGUUUCCUGCUGGCGAUCAGCCUGCUGCAGCGCAAAUUCUCCAUUGACGGGAUGCUGAAGAUUGCUCUGCCAGCAGGUAUUUGCAUUUUGGCGGCCACCGUGCUGGUGGACUCGUUCUUCUGGCGCCGCCUGCUGUGGCCCGAGGGUGAGGUUCUUUGGUACAAUACCAUUCUCAACAAGAGUUCCAACUGGGGCACAUCGCCCUUCCUGUGGUACUUCUACUCGGCCCUGCCCCGGGCCAUGGGUGCAUCCUUGGUGUUUGUGCCCAUCGGCAUUGCCCUGGAGCCACGUAUUCGACCCUUGGCCCUGUCAGCUCUGGCCUUUGUGCUGUUGUACUCCAUAUUGCCCCACAAGGAGCUGCGAUUCAUCAUAUACGUGUUCCCAGUUCUCAAUAUAACGGCAGCCUGCGCCUGCCAACGCAUUUGGAUGAACAGCGCCAAGUCGACGUGGCAUAGUUUCCUGGCUCUCGCCUCUGCAGCUCACAUCCUCCUGAACGUCGGCAUGACGGUCUUCUUGCUUGUCAUCUCGGGCACCAACUACCCGGGCGGAGCGGCCCUUUCUCGGUUGCAUCGCCUGGAGGCUGGCGCCUCGAAUGUCUCCGUGCACAUUGCCAACCUGGCCGCACAGAGCGGCGUUUCACGCUUCAUGGAAAUACGCGAUGAGUGGACCUACAGCAAGGACGAGUCAAUGAAUUAUACUCAAGCGGAGCUGAAUCGAUUCACCCAUCUCCUGAUUGAGGCCAAAAAUAAACAGAAUACGGAGCUCUGGUCAUCGCUCCAAGAGGACUUUGAUAACCUGGAGUUUGUUGACUGCUUUAACAGCAUCGGCAUCCAGUACAACUCCCUGCUUCCUGUGAGAAUCAAAACGAAGCCGUGCAUUGGAAUCUUAAAGAGACGGCCGGCGCCUCCCAAGGAAAACUCCAAAAUCAAAGAUAGAAAGGUAAAACCUGCUGCUUCCCUCGUUGAGGAGAAGCCCAAAUUGAAAGAGAAGAAGAAGGUGAAGGCUGCUCCAGAACCCGAAAAGGAGGAAGUAUCACCCAUAACGGCGAAGGAAACUCCAAGGGAAAGAGAGAAACCAAAGGGUAAACCAAGCUUGGAUUUCGAUGACGACGAUGGCAUUGUCGCCACGGUGGAGGAGAUGUCCCUAGAACUGGACUACAUUGAGCAGCUCAAAGAUGAGGCAGAACCAGAACCCGUCGAGACGCCAGCCAAGGAGAUAAACUUCCAGGAGCUUCGGAAUCUCGCCAUGGGACAAACGACUAAGAAAUCGAGAGCCGCUACCAAGCUGAAAAUACGUAAGAUCAUUGAGCAGCAUUACCGGGCCAAGGGAAAGCAAAUCGAAAACGAUUCCGCGGAGCAGGCGCCAAAGAACCCCCAGGGAGACACUGGCGGGCGUGCCGGUGUUCGGCAGUCCGUUAAGUCUAUCAUCAAACAGGAGAAGAUCAAGGAGAUGAUUGAGCAGAUUGCCACCAUGGACCUGACCCGCAUUUGCGAUCUGGAAAAGACAUCAACCAAGGACUGUUUAAAACAGGUUAUUGACAAAAUAGACGAUAGCGAGAGCGUGAAAACCAAAUGACAAAAAUUGUCAUCUUUUGAACUGUUUUGAAUUAAAGAUUGUAAGAGUUUGUAAAAAGAAAAUAAAAACCAGAUUAUAUUUGUAAAAA